AUGGUUGCUAGAGGCCGCCAGAUUUGUCAGUUCGGUUCGACCCUGCUCCAGGAUAUCAAUACUGACUGGGAAAAGGGACCUUCAGUGUUCCCUAUUGUUUUCGCGGCCAUUAUUGGGCAGUUGAUGACAGCACUGGCAUCUUGGAGACUCGAAAAGGACAUUGCAAUUGGAGCGCUUGAGUACCUGCUAGCAAGCCGCUCUUUAGCAUCAGCUUUGCUGGCCCUACCGCGACUCCAAAUAAUAUGUAUCUGGACACCUGCCAUUCUCCUGACUUGGUGCUUAUCGCCGCUUGGCGGCCAAGCUACUUUGAGGGCGGUGUCUCCAUCUGUCUCACAUACACUGGAUUCCGCCUGGCUCGUGCACCUCGACUUCAAUGGCAGUCAGCCAAUAUCUACUUACGCCAACGAUGCAUCAAGUUUCGGCGGAGUCAUCAGAUCUGCUUACGUCGCUGCUCUAGCGGGCCCGAAUAGCACAAAGCAAGGAUCGCAGGAUGCCUUUGACAAUCUGCAUAUCCCUAUGCUUGAAGCGCAAUCGGGGCAAGCAGAUGAAAAUGGGUGGUACAACACAACUGCUGCUGAGUCGGCUGUGAACGUUGCCCUAAUUGGAAUACCAUUCUCCGGAGCUGAGCAACACGGUAAUUCCGGCUUCAUUAUGCAGACUUCUUAUUUCUACCUGGACUGUGCCACCGCUAUGAGUGCCUGGAAACGGCGUAACGAGACCACAGCUUACCCUGCCCUCCCGCUCGCAAAUUCCGCGUUGCGACCCGGGUUGAAACUGUAUAACAAUACCGGAUUCAUCCCUGGAACUUCGUCACCUGGACCGGAGAACAAUCCACUCUUACGGGACAUCACUGCAAAUCACACGUGGAACGACACAAGCCCACGUGUCAUUGGCUUCCAAACUGGCACAUUCGGAAAUCCUAAUGGAGGAGACCCAUCGAUACUCACAGAAGCAUGGUGUAACAUGACUACCACUUUCGUCGAUGUCCGCUUCACCUGUUAUGACGGACCUCGCAACUGUACCGUCGGAUCGAUACGCAGAAGUUUACAACAGCCUUUUCCAAGCACUGCGACCUACCUUGACGGGGAGAACCCUUACGUUGCUGAAAGCUUUUUUAGGCAGUUCAUGGAUGCUGUGCCGCCAAACAGGAAUCGCUACUACACGCCACUUGAGCAGUACUUCCUAGCUCCUGCGACGCCUUUCCAUAUAGAAGAAAACUCGGAUCCGAUCGGAAACAUAGGGCCAGAGCUUUUCUCGCAGAGGUUUACGCAACUUCUCAAUACCUUUUGGCUCGUCAGCAUUGCCCCGGAUGCUGUUACCGGCAAUUUUUCCGCACCACUGGUCACUGAUCUAGUGGAUCAAGCCAGUUUCCAAUCUGAAUGGGGAUCUUAUGGAUAUGGCAUCAGACUUCGCAAAGGCCAAAAUGAAAUCUCCUUUGCAGUAUUGCGCUAUAGCACUUUCUGGCUCAGCACCUUGGUCAUAAUCUCAUCUCUCUUGGUCUUUGCCGGGCUCCUCACCGCAGUUUUCGACAUCUGCCGGAAAGGCCCCACGGUGCUUGACGAAUUUGUCAAUUACUUACGACACAACCCUGUUGCGAUGUUGGAUGUCAGAAGCUCAACAGAGGACGGCGUUGAUAUUGCACGGCGCCACAAAAAUGUGAAGGUACGACUAGGUGAUGUUAGACCGGAGGAAGACGUGGGCUUUCUAGCAGUGGGAACGUUAGGGACCGGUCUGGCUUUGGACAAAAUCAAGGAGAAGAGGCUGUAUUCGUAA